AUGCUGCCCGAAUUGUAUGAGGCUGCAAUUUCGGGAGACUUCGAUUUACUGAUGAACUUGUCCGGUAGUAAUCACUCCGAUUACAUCUUGAACCAGAAAACGCCGAUGGGCAACAACGUUCUCCACAUUGCGGCGCGACACAAGCAGGCAAGUUUCGUCGAGCAGCUCAUCUAUCAGCACCCCUCCGGAGGCUCUCUCCUCUGGCAAGAGGACUACGAAGGUCACACUCCGCUGCAUACUGCUGCAAGAGUCGGGUGCGACGACAUAGUCCGAGUGGUAAUCGACUAUCUCAGAAGUUCGCCGCAUGGCGACAUCGAAGGAGGUAGGCUGGUCGAUCUUCUUCGGAAGGCAAACACCGACGAGGAAACUUCGCUGCACCAAGCAGUGAGGAACGGCCAUUCCUUAGCGGUGAAGUUGCUGGUUGAAGCCGAUCCGACGCUGUGCGACAUCUCCAGCCGCGAUGAUGAGUCCCCGCUCUAUCUCGCAGUUGCACAGGGGUUUUUCGAUAUUGCUGAACUCAUAUUAGAUGCUUCUCCACCACCGUCGCCGUCAUCAUCAUCCUCUAGCAAAGGCCCCAAAGGCAUGACAGCGUUGCACGCAGCCAUUUACUACACAUCGCAAGACGCCUCCCUCGGAUCUACAUCGGAUGCCUCCCUCAGAUCCACUGACGAUGUCCCUCUCGAGAGCGAGUACGGCAUCACCCUUGAUGACAACCAACUCCCUCAGAUCCCAUUCUAUUAG